AUGCCAUUGGAGGUUUUUGGGCACGAAUUGCAAUUUGCUCAGGACCCCAAUUCUAAGCACCACGGAACUACAGUAUGGGAUGCAUCACUUGUUUUUGCCAAGUUUCUUCUGUUGUGUUUAGUUUAUUUAUAUUUUAUAAUAAUGUACCAACUUGUACCAUAUUCCACAAACCAAGAGGAGGUUUUGCCAUUGUUACAAAGAAACGUCGAUCGUAAUACUUCAAGGGUCAUGCAAAAGAAUCCCGAGUCAUUUGGUUCAAUCAAGGUUUCGGUGCUUCAAUGGGGAGAUGAGAGUCACAUUAAGGAUGUUGAUCCUCCAUUUGACUACAUUAUUGGCACCGACGUUGUUUAUGCAGAACAUCUAUUGGAGCCUUUGUUGCAGACAAUACUUGCUUUAUCUGGACCUAGGACUACUAUUGUGUUGGGUUAUGAGAUCCGUUCCACCAGUGUCCACGAGAAGAUGCUUCAGAUGUGGAAAAAACACUUUGACGUGAAGACGGUUUCAAAAUCAAAGAUGGAUGAAACAUUAGCAUCAGACUGUCACGAUGAUAAAGAUCAGGAGUGCAAGAAGCUUCCCGGUUAUUUUAUGGAAUGGAUUAAUCUCAAAGAAUUGGAGUUUAUAUGUUGGUUGUGUUACUAUGUAGGCUUUGUUAAAUUUAAUUGA